GUGAGAAAAUUGUGUUGUUUUACAGAAUAAAAAAUCGAUUUAGGGUUCAUUGUUUGAAUGGAAUCGAUCUUCUUCUUUUUUCAUCUUAAAUUGGGAGAUUCUUCUUUUCUAUUUCUUUUCUAUCUCCUUGGAAAAUGUCGGAUAGCUCCAGCUCAACUUCACCUGCGGAUCGACGUGACUAUGGUGAAUAUGCCUAUGGGAUUCCUACUCAUUGUUUUUGUGGUGGAAGAGCACGGCUUGAACCUUCUCGGACAACGGCAAACCCAGAAAGACUAUUCUACACAUGUCAGAAUUUCAAUGAUGGAAAAUGUCACAUAUGGAAAUGGUGGGAUGAGGCUAUGAUUGAGGAAUUAACCAAGCUAAGGAUCGACGUGAAUGGGUAUCCUCCAUUGCAUAAAAUGCGUGAGACUCUUGAAAGGCAUAGACAUGAGAUUCUUCACAUUUAUGAUCUCCACGAUGAAAAUAAGAUGGAGUUUGCUAGGCUUAGGGCGAUGAUUGCAAAGAAAAGCGACGGCUUAUCUUUGGAAUUGAAGAAUGUGUUUGUCGCGCUUGUUGUGCCCUUCCUGUCCACAUAUGCCACAAGGCUGCAUAAAAAGGGUAAAACAAAGCACAAAGCUGAUUUCAGCGGCUUACCAAUUGUGCAAGCCGCAGUUGGUGCGGAUGCGUGGACCCGUGUUCUUAACUCCCCACUCGGAGUUGUAGCAACCUUUAGGCAGUUGAACUUCAACUGGAAUGGUAAUUUGGGGCAGCCAGCGCGGUUCUCGCUUUUCGAGUUUGAAGAUAUCACAGCUCUGAACUGCGAUGACCUACCGCUUGAGAUUCAUUUCGAACAAACUGAGGAUCAUAUGCGCUUCCAUCGUCUUUUUAAGCUCCCGGAAAAAUGUCUGAGCCCGUGCAGAGUGGAUAUAGAAAACUUGUGUCAGAAUUAUGCUUCAGAGAUAAGGAAGUGGUCUGAGGAUGAUAGGGUUAGGCUUUGUUAUCUAGCCAUCCUGUCUAACGGUCUGUUGGCAGAAAAUGGGCCUAUCCCAGUGGACCUAUACCGAUUGGUGAUAUUGGCGUAUAAUUACAUUCCCUCCGUGGGAAGAUGUUUGGGUAAUCCUCUGCCGUUCGCGGUAGAUCGCCCAAAGCUUCUUAGAUUCAAAGGUGGAUUUGGCAACAAACGGACGGAGACAGCCUUCUCACGUGAAUCGGUGGUUGUCACAUGUAUGUGUGGUAGAUCCCAAAGAGAAAAGCAUCCGACAUGGCGGACGGAGAUAAACAAGGAUCCGAAAAUUGAUAGUCUCGUUAAUCAUCUUAUCUCCGACGCUCCCCUGGCUGACAUACAAUGGACCUUUGCCGAAAACACACUAGAAGGAAGAGGAACUACGAAGAAGAGGAAGGUUUUUGUACUAAAUGAAGACGUUGAAUUUACGAGCUAUUUAUGCAGAGAAGAAGAAGAAGAAGAAGAAGAAGAAGAAGAAGAAGAAGAAGAAGAAGAAGAAGAAGAAGAAGAAGAAGAAGAAGAAGAAGAAGAAGAAGAAGAAGAAGAAGAAGAAGAAGAAGAAGAAGAAGAAGAAGAAGAAGAAGAAGAAGAAGAAGCAAAAGAAGGAAUUUACCAACCUAUACGGACGACGAACACGCAAUUUGGAGUGACGUGUCCUAAGCAGACCACAGAAACCACUAAACUAGUUAGAUUGAUGAUUGAACUCGCUUUUAAACAGACUGAAAUGUGUGAGUCCAUGUUCAGUCGAAUAGAUGAAGCCGCCCUGAAACAGCAAGAAGACUGCAAGAAGCAGCACGAUACAUUCAUGAAACAGCAAGAAUUAAUCAUGACGCAUCAACAAGUUAACUUAGACCUGCAACAGCAAUUUGUUACUACAUUGAACAAAUUUUCAAAUCUCAUCGCAAAAUUGAUAGUGGGCAAGCUUCCUGCAGCCGUGGAUAAUGCUUCUGGACUCGCUAACACCAAAGGCAAAGGAAACGUCAAUCAUCGGCUUUUGAACGUAGAAGGAGAACGGCCCCAGAAGGUUUGUUCUGAAGGCUUGGGUUAUUCGAAUGCUGUUGAUGCCGCUAGUGAGGUAGGAGAGGUAGAUGGAGCUGAUGGAGAUGUCGUGUUGGUUGAUAGUGUGCAAGGAGUUGCAGGAAACUCUGGUGGAGCUUAUUCAUAUAUCGAAGAUGAAAAAACAGAAAAUAAUUGGGAGAUGGCUGAUGGUGAAAAGUCAGAGAAUUCAGAUUUCAGUAUCAGAAUCAUUGCGGGAUUAGAAAGUAUACAAGGAAAAGGAAGUGUUAGUGACAUUGGUGAUGAAUUAUACAUAUACGACCUUCCAAUUGAAGACUCUGCUUUUAGUCCGUAUACGGAAAAGAUUAGAAGCAGAGAGACAACCAAACUCUGCUUAACACAUGCUCUGGGUGAAGAAAACCUCGGGUCUCAGUCGGGUCAAAUAUCAGGUGAGGAAGAAGAAGAUUCGGGUCAAAAUUGGAGCAUCGCUACUAUAAUGAGCAUGUAUCGAAUAAGACUGAAGAAUAAUCCUCAUGCUUUCAUAUCUCAGAGAAUUGCCAUAAUGGACCUUCAUUUUCAACUGAUAUGGCAAAUAGAGUACGAGAGAUGGUUGACGGAUAAGACAAAAUUGCCCUUUAAAACGUCCGAAUACUUCAGCGGUCUCAUGCCAAAGUACGCCGGAACAAAAAAAACUUGUGGAAAAGAUGUGGAUAAGGUUUACGCUGUCGUUUCCGUCACAGAUGAUCAUUGGGUUGCGAUUGCCAUCGACUUCAAAGAUAGGGUUGUCAGAAUAUAUAACUGCGGGACGACUACGGACAUUACAAUAUCUGCAGUGAAGCCUUUUGCAGAGAUUACUCCGUACGUAUUUAAAUGUCUUUGCGGUGACUCCAACAUUAAACCUUAUGAGAUCGAAGAUGUGCCUGGAACCCCUAAAAUGACGCAUCCCGUUGAUUGCGGAGUAUAUACCGCCAAAUACAUUGAGUGUUUGAUGAUGGGAGUUCCGCUUUCUCAUGAACAUCUGCGCGAUGAAAAUAUGGGAAAAAUCAGGCAGAAGCUCGCCGCGGAAAUGUCGGCUUCGAUAAAAUCAUAUGGAGUAACUGCAGACAUCAUCGACACCAACGCACUGUCUAAUGACCUGAUUGCUUGGUAUGACCGGAAACUUAAGCGGAAGUACGGGAACAGGGACAAUUUUAGGCUGCUGAGCUCGGUCUUUGAGCAAGAGAAGCGCGACCACGAGGAGCUCAAAAAGAAGUAUGCUCUCCUGAAGGCGGAGUCUGAAACCCACUCAGGUGAAGUCGCCUCUCUUAAAGAUGAGGUCGCCAGACUUGGUAUGCGUGAGGCUGAACAUGCCGGGGAGGUUGUCAGGCUCGGAGAUCGGGAGAUUUCGCUCAUGGGGGAGGUCGCCAAAUUGGAAACUGAUGUGGCAUUCUCCAGAGACCAUGAGGAGAGAGAGCUGACCAGGUUGCGAAGCGACCGAUUUGCCAAGGUCAGCCGCACCACUCAAAAAGCUCAGGCUCGCCUUGAUAAGGUCAAGAGCUAUAUAAAGGAGCAAGAGCAUAUUGUCCAGCCCAAAAUGGAUGCCCUGAAUCAGUCUAAGGGCGCUCAGGAGAUUGUGACAGUCCUUGUCCGCCGAGGUGCCGUUGUUUCGGAAUCUGAGCUGGAGAAUCUGGCCAAAGAAGCCAGGAUUGCCGAAGAGGAGGUUGAUGCUCUGAAUGUUAUUGAGCUCUUAGAUGCUGACCUCAACUUGUCUCCUGACCAGCUCGGUUUCGGGCUUACUCGGCUAUCUUCUCAGGUCAUUCCUGUUUCAAAUCAGCAUGGCUAAAACUCCGAACUCGUUAGCCGAAGCGACAUUCGACA